ACCGCGCACUCGCCGGCCACAGCGCGUUCUAAAUUUAAAAUUCAAAUCAUUCGAACGCCAGCUGAUUAUACGCGCAAUAGAAGUGAUUAUAAGAAAUUAUAAACAAAAUAGGAACGCGUUUAUUUUAAACUUUGGAAUGCUAUGUGUCAAUUAUUGUGAUAAAAUAAGCCGUCAACCUUAGCGUAUUAAACAGCUCCAAAAUGGAUUGGUGGCAGAGCACAAAGGAAUGGGUAGGGUUAUCCAAGAAGCAACCAAAAGUAGAAGACAAUAGAAGUCAAUAUUCAUUGGUAUCUUGCGGCGAGCUGACGGCAGAUAUAUUGCCAAUAUGGCUGGAGUUGCCAGAUGAGGUGAAAAAUGAUCCUUCACUGGCUCCGUUUAAGAAAUUGUAUGAAAAAGAACAUGGAAAAAUCCCAGAAAUAUCAAAGAAUCCAGAGUCGCAGAAGCGAUUGGCGAAUGUACAGUCAGCCCCAAUGCUACAGUCAGUACAAACAGACGAGGUCCAAUACAUAGACGGCUGUGCCAAGAGUGAAGCUGCAGAGAAACUGGGCAACCAUGAUGGGAAACCAAUUUCGGAGCAUAGACUUCCAACUUCUCGACCAUCGCAGAUGGCGCGUGCCCGCCACUACGUGAAGAUAACAAUUCUUCUUAGCUGCUGGGUGUUUUUUACUGUUUGCUUUAUGAUGUACAAUGAGAAGGAGGACAACGUCAGCAUAACUGCAGUGGUGCCUGGAGAAAUUAAAGAGUUCCCUAUGCCGACAGACAAAGUAGAGUCAAUACUUUUAAAGCUGACGGGUCCAUUCAUGUCCAAAAAUGAUGAAAGGCGGUUGAACUACACUACGUUAAUGGAUCAUCAGAAACUUGAAGUAUGGUUGGAAGCUGAAAAAAACAAUGUCACUGAGGCCUCAGAAACAUGGUCCAUCCCCCUACACAACUCCACCCACCAUCGAUCGCGGACCCUCCACUUCAACUGUUCGCAGUGCGCGCUGCGUGUGCGCACCGACGCGCGCGCUGCCGUUGCGUUUACGUACAGUUAUACAGAAAAUCCGGUAGAUGACACUACUGGCGUGAUCUAUGCGUUGGUGUUGCUGCUCGGCUUAUAUAUAUUGAUUAUUUUUGAGAUAAUAAACCGCACGAUGGCAGCAGUGCUAGUAUCAACCAUGUCGCUGGCUGCCCUAGCAGUGGUGGGCGAGCGGCCAACCGUUCCGGAGAUAGUCUCGUGGCUGGACAUUGAAACGCUACUGCUGCUGUUUAGCAUGAUGCUGCUGGUCGCCAUCAUGGCUGAGACAGGCGUGUUUGACUUUCUUGCUGUUUUUACUUUCGAAGUGACAAAAGGUAAUCUCUGGCCGUUGAUAUACCUACUGUGUGGUAUCACCGCAGUGGUAUCCACGUUUCUCGACAACGUGACUACAGUUCUGCUGAUGUCUCCGGUUACUAUUAGAUUAUGUGAAGUGAUGGGCCUGGACCCAGUCCCAAUACUGAUGCUUAUGGCCAUAUACAGCAACAUUGGUGGUACUGCGACCCCCGUGGGAGACCCACCAUGUGUCAUAGUGGCUUCCAACAAGCACGUCAUAGAAGCUGGCAUAAACUUCACCAACUUCACGGCCCAUAUGGCACUCGGUAUCCUCCUAGUGGCCGUGCAAACCUCACUACAGGUCCGGUUCAUGUUCAGAGACACCAGCAAGCUUAGGCUCAACGUGCCUAGGGAGAUACAAGAUCUCCGUCACCAGAUUUCAAUAUGGCGGCGCGCAGCCGACUCCCUCCCGCAACUGAGCGGCAAUGCGCAUGUGGUGCGCGCGCGCCUGGACAGGAAGAUCGAGAAGCUGCGCGCGAAGCUCAGCUGCAUGGUGAAGGAGACCAGCAAGCGCGCGUGUCCGAGGGAUGAGUUCCAGAGCACGCUGCGGGAGUUAAAGCAAAAGUACAAGAUCCGUGACAAGGUUCUCCUGGUGCAGGCUUCUGUCGCUAUAUUCUUCGCUGUUGCCGUUUUCUUCCUCCACUCGAUUCCUGAACUAAACCGCAUCUCCCUGGGAUGGACGGCGUUGCUGGCAGCAGUCCUGCUGCUAUUACUGGCUGACCGUGAAGAUCUGGAGCCGGUGCUGAGACGGGUGGAGUGGUCUACUCUGCUGUUCUUUGCUGCACUCUUCGUUCUAAUGGAGGCUCUCUCCAAGUUGGGUCUGAUCCAGUACAUCGGUGGUCUGAUGGAGGUUCUGGUGCUGAGAGUGGAUGAGAGCGCGCGGCUCGCGGUCGCCAUCUUACUUAUUCUAUGGGUGGGCGGCGUAAUCUCAGCAUUUGUGGACAACCUACCCAUGACAACGAUAAUGAUCAGAGUGGUCAUAUCCAUCGGCAGUAACCCUGAUCUCAACCUGCCACUCGCUCCUCUCGUCUGGGCGCUGCUCUAUGGAGCUUGCUUAGGAGGCAACGGCACUUUAAUCGGUGCAAGCGCAAACGUGGUGUGCGCGGGAGUGGCGGAGCAGCACGGCUACAAGAUCACCUUCGUGCAGUUCUUUAAAGUCGGCUUCCCCAUCAUGAUCGGGCAUAUGGCUACUGCCUCCGUGUAUUUAUUACUGUGUCAUUGCGUGUAUACUUGGCAUUGAAGAGCUAAGCACAUUCUCCUCAUAAAGAUCGCCCAGAAAGUCUCAAUACCCUCAACAAUGAGAAGAAAGGAGGAAAUUCUGGCUGCUGCAUAUUUGUAUCUGUUAUUCUGCCACUGUGUUGCAUAGAAUUAAGGAGUUUAGCACAUUAUCUGAUAAAGAUCGUCCGGAAAGACAGAAGACUCUCAGUAGCGUGAAGAAAGAAAGGAAGUUUAGUUGCCGCAUCUGUGUAUCUGUUAAGGAGUUCUGACAAUAUCCUUACAUAUAGACCGUCCGGAAAGUCUCAAGUUCCUCUGCAAUUAGAAGAAAGAACCUGCCUCCGUGUCCUCAGUACUUGCCUUUAAAUUUUCGUAUGUGUGAGGUGGUCGAAAGUAGUGAAUACACACCUCGAUCGUGCUGCAUAGAGCAGAAAACUCAUUCUCGAGGAAAACGCAAAACAACAAACAACGCAUGACAAAUUUUUUGGUCGGGAUCCUUAUCAUACACAGAAGAGAGAUUAAAUACUGACACAUCCUUAUUAUAAAGGACGUCCGCACAGGCGUCGCCAAGGAGAGUCAAGGGGGGUGGGCAGCUGCCUCCCCCCUAGAGAACAAAAUUUCUAACUAAAUGUAUACCCCUCCCCCUCACCUUGGCCAUAGGCCAUAGGAACUGACCCCAGCCCAUCAGCUGGCGAUGCCUUUGGACGUCCGGAAUGACAAGACACCCGGCUCAGUAGUUAGAAGGGAAAGAGGAGGGAAGUUGUUCUACUGAGGACAGGAGGGAAGCUGCUGUUCCUACCUAAGGAAUGCUCCUAGGACUGACAUUGUAUGGCGAAUCCCGGGAAUUCAGGUUCUGGGACAGAUUUAAUGUAGUAGGUAAAAGCAGUACCGAGAGCACGCCCUACUCCAACGGUCAACCCGCCUGCACCAAGCCUCCUUAAAGCCAACGAGUCCAAGAUAUAGGUAUUCACAGCUCCAAGGAUCAAAUACUAAAAUAAGCCUACGGCAAUAAGAGAUGGACGAAAUUAAGCGGUUGCUCUUGGACUUCGGGCAAAUCGUCAACUCGUCCUUCAAGUUGCUGUCACCGUAGUGUGAUUGUGAUCAUGGGGCUAUAAAUCCUAGACAGGAUGGUGAAGGCUGUCGUGGAUAGCCGACAACAGGCGGAGGGUUGAUUUUUAAAGGAGCAGACGUAUUCGGACCUCAUAUGAAUUGUGCUGAUAAGAUACAACAGCCUCCGGGAGGUAUUGCCCUUUACCCCAAAGCACUUUAUUUGAUUUUGAAUUUGGAACCCUCAGUUAUUCAAUAAAAGUUCGAAAUAGGAGGGUUUCAGGAGGAUAGAUGAAGUGGUUUAUCUUGGAUAAAGAUAUAGUAUAAGUACCCUCCGUAAUUCGUAAUAAUAAUUCAGGCUAUAUACAUCCCACUGUUUCGCCCAUAGUCCCUACGCUGGCCCAAUGCGGGUUGGAGAUUUCACAUACACCUUUGAAUUUCUUCGGAGAUGUAGGUAUGCAGGCUUCUUCAGGAUGUUUCCUUUCACCGAAAAGCUAGGUAAUGGUAAAUAUCAAAUGAUAUUCCGUACAUACGUUCCGAAAAACUCAUUGAAAGUCGGACGUCAGAUCUAUUCGUAAUAAUGUAAAAUAUAUCCUGAUAAAGGAUCUUACUCUCACUACCGCGACACUUGUUAAAGUGGUCAUAUUCAUAUAACAUAUGUUACUCGUAACAUAUGUGAACCUGUUAUGAUAUUGUAAUUAAUUAAUAAAUAAAUAAAUAUUUUAACUUUUACUCAUUGGGCAUUAUAAUAGGGUUGUUUCAAACUUUUUGAAACGCUUGUAUUACGUUCUAUUUUAACUAAAAGUUGCCCUAAAAUUCGACUUUUAUACUAAAAGCGGCUUUAAAUGUGUUAAAUUAACAAAAUAUAAUUUGACGGAUGCUUUCGCGCCCAAAACGCUCUUUGAAAAUUGUGUGACGUCACAGUUUACGGGUUGACACAUAACUACAUACACACGUAGAAGAUACGAGCUGUCAACUGACAUUUGUCAUUUUUUGUUUAUCGCCUAACUGUCAACAGUGUCAAUCCGAGAGUUGUGACGUCAUCAGAAUCUUCAAAGACGUUUCGAGUUUGGUCACGUGACGUGUGCCAAAAGAUAUUUUAAAUUCAAUAUUUACAAAAAUAUGGUCAUUACAGGUCCCCUAAAAGUAGUUUAACAUGUUCAUAUAAUCCAAAAGAAUUUAUUGGGAUACCAUUCUGCCCUAAGAUUUGUAGAUGGAAACAACCCUAUUAGGCAAUCAGUACCUAUGAAAUUUUAAACUAAAAAUAUUGAACUUAUGAUUUUAAUCCUUUACCAGGCCCCGAAGAACCAGCGUGUCUUAAUACGUACUUUAUAUGCUGUUGCAACCGUAUUGAACGCCUUGUAAAAAAUGUAUUUAUGAACGUCGGAGAUCUUCCUUUAAACCAGAAAUAAAAAUGUGGGUUAAGGUUAUCCCAUCGCCUGUCUAA